CUUGGAAUUCGUCAUCGACUUUCCUGGAAGUUUCACAAGAUUUUUUCUUUAUCUGUGAAGGUUUCUCCUUUCAUUUCUUCUACUCCUCUCACUUGCUCUGCUUCACCAUUUGUCAUUGAUCACAAGAUACCCCAGUCGUUUUUCUCUGUGAUUUCAUUGACUUUGGAUCUUAAAAUUCAAUACCCAGUUCGUGAUUUUGUGUGAUUUUGUGUGAUUUUGCUUGUUAAAGAUGGAGAAUAACCAUCAAUCGUUCUACCAGUUUAGUGAUCAGUUGAGGCUGCAGGGUUCGGGCUUGGCGAAUCUGUCACUCAACGACUCGAUUUGGAGCAACUCGUAUGCUUCGAAGAGGCCUGAUGAGAGGAAGAAUUUUGAUAUCAGAGUUGGUGGAGAAAUCAACAAUAACAACAACAGUUCCUUCAACAACACCACCACCACCACCAACGGUUCCUUCAACAAUCUGAAGCCAAAGGGGUCUGAUUUCAAUGAUUUUAAUGGGUUCAAUUCUGAUUGGAAGAUGGGGAACAAUUUUGGGGUUAAUCAAAUCAAUCCAAUCUACCCAAACAACAACAACAACAACGGUUCCUUCACCAAUCUGAAGCCAAAAGGUUCUGAUUUUCAUGAUUUUAAUGGGUUCAAUUCUGAUUGGAAGAUGGGGAACAAUUUUGGUGUCAAUCCAAUCUACCCAAUUAGUCCGAUUGGGUCUCAGAAGGGUGUUGGGAUUGGAAUUAAUGGUGGAUUUAAUAAGGAGAUUUAUUCAAAGCCAAGCAAUAAUUACAGCUUUAAUGUUAAUUUGAAGACUGGGAAAAGCAAAGCAGAGGAUGAUUAUGGAGGCAGAGGAAGGAGGAAGAACAACAAGAAGAGUGAAAAAGACAACAAUAGCGAGAACAACAAGGAAAGUAAGGGCGAUAAGAGGUUUAAGACAUUACCACCAUCAGAAUCUCUUCCUAGGAAUGAAACAAUUGGUGGGUAUAUCUUUGUCUGCAGCAAUGAUACCAUGGCAGAGAAUCUCAAGAGACAGCUCUUCGGUCUGCCUCCACGUUACAGAGACUCUGUUAGGGCUAUAACUCCUGGAUUACCCCUCUUCCUCUACAACUACUCCACUCACCUACUCUAUGGAGUCUUCGAGGCUGCAGGUUUUGGAGGGACUAACAUUGAUCCUUCUGCCUGGGAAGACAAGAAAUGCCCUGGUGAAUCACGCUUCCCUGCUCAGGUUAGGGUUGUGACAAGGAAAAUCUGUGAGCCAUUGGAGGAGGAUUCAUUCAGGCCGAUUCUUCACCAUUACGACGGCCCCAAGUUCCGCCUUGAACUAAGCAUACCAGAGGCACUGUCUCUGUUGGAUAUAUGUGAAGAAACAAGUCCUUGAAAGCAUAUACAAAUCAUACAUACAAAUACAAGAAGAGAAAUGGAAAGAGUUGAUAAAAGAAGAGUAUAGAGAGUAGAGGAAGAGGCUGAGAAGGGAAAUGUACUGGGGGGUUGAUGUAUGGAGGCUAAAUAUUUUGCUGAGCCUAUGCGAUAUAUAAAUUAUAUGUACUAAGGCUGUUUUGCCUGGUCUUAUGGCUUUGCAUAUACAUAAUAUAUGUAUUGGACUACAGGAGCAAGCAAUAAUAUGAGAUUAUGGGGUGCAAUUAUAUUGU